UAGCAUUUGAUAGAGGUAUACAAGAUGUCCACUUCGUUUCGCCCCAGAAGAGCAGCUCAGUCUGCUGUGAAUACCCCUACCACGGUUCGUGUCACGUCAUCCAAGAGCAUAAAUAAGUCUGAAGCAGAAGGAAUUUUGAGUGAGUUUAUAUCUACUAGUGAAAGCAUCGCUCAAGCCAUACCAGGAUUUACAGCUGAUGACAUAGCAUUUUCCAACACUGGUUUAUCUAAUAGUAGUGGCUCCAAUGCUCUUUUAAGUCAAUUAAAGAGAGUGCAAAGAGAUUUGAGGGGAUUGCCUCCACUCCUGGCAGAAAUUACCAAUGAGGGUUCAAACAAGAAGACGAAAUUUGAAGAUAAUGACGACACUUCGUCACAGCCGGCCAGUAAAAAGAUCAAAUUUGAUGACACUCCAGAAUAUGAAGCUCCAGCCGAUGAAGCCAUAGAAGAAAAGGAAGAGGAAGAGGAGAAGGAAGCUGAAAAGGAAGAAGCUGGCGAAGAAAAGGAAGAUGACGAAGAAAAGGAAGACGAAGAAAAGGAAGAUGAUGAUGAAAAGGAAGAAGCUGAAGAACAAGCCAAAGAAAAGAAGGAAAAGAAGGAAACGAAAGAAAAGAAAGAAAAGAAAGAAAAGAAGGAAAAGAAGGAAAAGAAAGAAAAGAAAGAAAAGAAAGAGAAAAAAGAUAAGAAAGAUAAGAAACACAAGAAAGAUAAAAAAGAAUAAACUUCAUUCAACUUAAGUGGCAUCAUCAACUUCAAUUCUUUCAUCCUAUUUAUAUAUAGCACUAGAUACUCCAUAG